CUUUGAGGUGGUUUUAAACAAAUUACUGAGUUUAGAUUUGUUAAAACGGGUUUUGGUCAGAUCUGGUUUAGUCAUGUGAGUGGCUGAUAAUAAGUGUUGUGGAAUAACUAGUUACAUGUAACCAAAUUACAUCAUUUAGUUUCAAAAUAAAUGUAACUCAGUAAACCCUAAUAUGCAAAUAAGCAAUAUUGCAAAAGCACUAUCAGCACCAUAGAUAGAUAGAUAGAUCUCUCCUCGGAGAUGUGGAGCUUUAACUUUUGAAAACACCUGUUUGAUGUCUUCUGGUGAUUUCCAUCGCCUUCACCACAGGGCGGAGCUAUAACCGUGUUUUACAGAGCAAGCUUGACGUCUGCAGACAACAAGCGCCAUCUGUUUAUCUUCUCUAUUCUCAUUCCUGCUUAAAACAACACGUCGAACGAUAAAUGAAAUAUGGUGACGAAGCGAAUUAGGUCCGAAUACAUGAAGAAAUUUAAGGAUCCGAAAUGGGACACUUAUGCAAAAUGUUAUGAGGAUUUGCUGAAGUACAGACUGUCAAGACGGCUGUUGGAGCAAGCGCACAAGCCCUGGUUUUGGGGAGAAUGGGGGAGCGAGACAGGCUCCAGUGGUAAAACUACUCCUCUAAAUCGGAAUAAAGUUGAACCUGAGCGGCUCCAUGAUGAGAAACCAGAAAGAUCUACAUGUGUGACACCAGAACCUGCAGCUGAACCAGAACCACAGGCAGAAGACACUGCAGACACCAAACUUGUUACCAGAGUUGCUGAGCAAAGUCAUCAAGAGGGGGAGGAAGAAAGAGCCAGAGAAAGCUCUCCUGCUCUCAACCCAGAAUCUGACACGCAUAUCCUGAACACACCAAAGGGCAAACGACGCUCCUCACACAAGUACACAAGAUCUAAAGUCAAGCCUCAUGCCACCAAAGACCCUGAAAAAGAGAACCGUCACCCUUUUGCCCUGUAUGGUGCAGGAGAGCGGCAGACCGAUAUGGCUUCCAAGAAAACCCAUAAUGUUGGACCUGCAGCAUCAACUGCAGAGAUCCAUGAGUCAGCGUUACGAGCAAAAACCAGACGGGAGGUGGAAAAACAGAUGAAGAGAUUUGACAAACAAAGAACCAGAUCUGCUGACAUCGAAAAGAACAGAAAUAAGAUCGUCCCUGACUUCAACCCCUGGAUGACGGAGUACAUGCGCUGCUUUUCAGCUCGUUCUCGGUAGUACUGCUUUCUGAAAUCCUUUGAAAAAG